AUGUCUUUGAAACCCCUCAAAGUUAUUAUAGUGGGCGGCAGUAUUGCUGGCCUGUCUCUGGCUCUGAUGCUAGAGAAGAAUAACAUUGAUUUCCUUGUACUAGAAGGCUAUCCCAGCAUUGCUCCUCAAGUGGGAGCAAGUAUCGGAGUUUUGCCGAAUGGGUUACGCAUCCUGGACCAGCUGGGAUGCAGCGAGGAAAUACUUGCCAAAGCCGAAUAUCCAGUUGACAAAGUGAUCUUCCGCAACUCACAAGGUCAGCCGUUCUGGUCAUUUGAAAAUUUCAACGGACAGAUUGUGGGCAGACAUGGUUACCCGAUUGUCUUCCUUGAUCGCUGCAUGUUAAUACAGACUCUUUACGACCAUAUUCAACAGAAAGACAAGAUACUGACUUCCGAGCGGGUCGUUACUGUAAACAACCAUCCAUCGCAUGUGUCUGUUAUCACGGAAAGAGGGAAUAUAUACACAGGCACUUUUGUUGUUGGAGGAGACGGUAUCCACUCCACUGUUCGGCAGCAAAUGUGGGAUGAAGCACAGAAGACAGACCCAACGUGGUUCGACAAGUCUGAAACAAGCGCACUUCCGGCAACAUACGCCUGCAUUUUCGGUAUAUCGGAAGGGGUACAUGGCAUCGAGAAAGGAACACUCAGUUCGGUGUUCAACGAGCACUUCUCGUACCUGAUCCCUAGCGGUCCCGGGGACAGAACAUACUGGUUCCUGGUGAAGAAUAUGGGAAAGACCCUGUAUGGCUCUGAUAUCCCAAGAUUCACCAAGGACGAGGAAGAGGCACUCGCCAAAGAGCAUUGGAACGACCUAAUAACCCCCACAGUGCGAUUCUCUGAUCUGUACAAAAAAACAGUGAGCUCGGUAUACACGGCGCUACCAGAGUACGUUUACAAGAAGUGGCAUUUCAAAAGAACCAUAACUAUUGGCGAUGCAGCUCACAAGUUUGAGCCCUUGACUGGGCAGGGUGGUAACUCGGCAAUUGAAACGGCAGCAGCUCUGACGAACCAUCUCAUGUCAUUCUUGAGGACGCAUCCAAUGAAACACCUAUCAACAAACGAUAUCACAUUUAUCUUUGAACAGACGCAAAGCCAGCGAGAGGCCCGGGUCUGGGACCUCGUCAGAGCCUCACAUGCACGACAGCGGCUGGAGUGUAUGGAGACGCCGUUCUUGAAAUUUGCUGCUAGAGUGAUUGUCCCGUAUAUCCCCAAGUGGGCUCUCCUACCUCGCUGGAUUCAGACGUAUUCUCCCGCGGUCUCAUUGAACAUGCUUCCAAUUCCCAGAAAGUCUCGAGAGAUCCCCUAUUACGAUGAGCUGCUCAAACCUCCGUCCUCGCGCGGGCCAAUUGGUUUUACCCUCUACGCCGUUUUCGCAACGAUUGCCUUUGCUGCAUUCGAGCUGUUGCUUACCGCUGGAAAGGUCAACGGGACGUGGCGGUUUGUGGGGCAGGCGCUUAUGAGUGGUUCGAUUAAGGAGAGGGAUUUGGAAUUGCGACACUCAUAUACUGGAUUAACCUCCAUUGAUAACGUUCUUAAAUCGCUGGUAACCAUUUUCCUAUCAUCGAUUGACAAUCCUUCGAACCCUGGGCAACAGCUGCAUCUACUUUACUUCCUGUCAUCGAUGCUACCCUUGAUUGCCAUAUUUACUAUCGAAGGAUAUCGACAGCGGAAUAAGUGGACGCCGAUUGCCAGUGCCACCGUCUGGGGCAUCCUCUAUCAAUUGCGCGGUAUCGGAUUCAUUGCACCCCUUUAUAUCGCAACCACUUUGUUCGUUUCGCGCGGGUCGACUUUCUUCAUUCAACCUGGUAGGCAGGUUCCCGCAGCUAAGUUCAUCUUGCCGGCAUUAAUGCUGGGAUUCAUCGUGCCCACCAUGCUUCUGUUCUGGCCUUUUGCGAGUUCAGGCACUCGCCAGGCAAUGAUUGCCCUAUGGCAACCAGCCCCAGUAUGGAUUUCCAGUCUCACCACGGUCUUUUCCGCGGCGACAGCUCUGGUUUCACGCAUUAUUAAAAGGGAGGCGAACUCUUCUGCAGACCCAAACAGCGACCUUCCAUAUUUACGUACUAUCUAUCAGACAACAGGAGCGAUUGCAGCCUGUUUCCACCUGAGCUUGAUCAUCGGAUCCCUGGUCUCAAGCGAACUGUCUCUGACUAGUCUCUUCAUUCCGAAGAACUCGUUUGCACCUGUUGAAUCACUCGCGGAUGGAGUAUUCGUCUUCUUCCAGAACGACUUUCUUCUUGUGGCAGCAGCCGCCUUCCUCUGGUGUCUGGUGAGUGUCUGGGAUCUGAACCGAUCUGGGCUGUCAGAUGUAGAUUUGCGAGUGGUCUCCUGUGCGAUGGGCGGGGGAUAUGCGGCGAUUGGGCCUGGUGCUACCACCGCAGCUGUCUGGUUCUGGCGCGAGGGAGUGAUGAGUCGAGUGCCUUCGAGACUUAGUUGUGAGCACGAGUAG